AUGGUUAAUAAAUCCUUGUUUGAAUCCCCCCCUAUCACGUCCUCGAACAGCGUCGAUGAACAUGCUGGUGAUAUAGAGGUUGACUACGCUUUGUCUGGAAGCAAUGCACUCACUAAAACGGCCAUCGCAGAAUUCUACGGCAGCACCCAAAACGGUAAGACUGAAUCCAGUGGACCUAUGCUAUUGAGUGAGAGUACCUAUCUUCCUGGCAUUCGUGUAUCUGAUGCUCGAUUAAACCGGACUAUUCAGGAGACUUCGAAUCCACCUGAACCGGGCAAUGGUUAUUCCUCAUCGACCCCAGCAACUAUGGCGGCAGCAUGUACAAUUAGACGGAGGAGCGGAUCCGCUAACCAAGGGAUGCAAAGGCUGGCCGAUACUUCAGAGGAGGCUCUGGCUGAUAAAGACAGUUCAGCCGGUUUGGGAAUCGGCAGAUUACGGAGGCGCCAGAGGUCGAUUCAACAACGAACCAACAGUGGCAGCGGUGGCAGUGGUGUUAGCUACCGACGGUCUCGAACUUUGGAAAGAUGCAUUCUGCCUUCGAGUCUAACUGAUAUCAGACCAAACGGAUCUAAAUCUUCAUCAAUAGUCCGACAGACACAGAGAGAAAGAAAAAGGGAGGAAGGAAGGAACCAACGAAGCGUUGAUGUAAAGAAAAUGAGUGAGGUAACAGAAAAGUUGUAUCGUGGACAACCGAUUCAAAAGCAAAUGACCAAACCAGUCCUUGCAAAAUGGCGGCAAAAUCGGCCACAAAAGGAAUCCAUUCAGUUAGUUCCGCAGUCUCAUAUGACCUCAAAAACAGGAGGAAAUGGUAGUCCAUUUGAAGUGAGUUAUGUUCAAACCUUUAUUUAUCUGAGCAUUUACAGUGAUAUAUGUUUUUAA